CUGGUGACGUACAUACAUAACCACCACCACCACCACCAACAACAACUACACCAUUAGCCAGAAUAAACUUUCCACCUCGCCAACACAUCACACCACUACCAUCAACCACCGUAAAGCCAAUCAAACAGCACACCAUGUCUGUCUCCCCACCACCUAAAGCCCUCCUAUUCGACAUCUUCGGCACCUGCGUAAACUGGCGCUCCACCGUCACAACCGCGCUAUCACGAUCCGCCCAUGCAUCCCUAAACUCCGCCACCGCAUCGCUAGCCUCCCGCCUGCGUCUGCGAGUCUCAGAAAUGAGCGACGAACACUGGGGCAAAUUUGCACAACAAUGGCGAAAUAGCUACAAGGCUUUUACCAAACAACUCGCAUCUGAUCCGAGCAUACCGUGGGUAUCUGUCGACGACCACCAUCUGAGUGCGCUCAAGAAACUCAUGACAGAAUGGGAAUUAGAGGGUCUAUGGGACGACGAAGAGAUCCGCGCAUUGAGUCUGGUAUGGCAUCAUUUAGACCCCUGGGAUGACUCUGUCGCAGGUAUGGCGUUGUUGAAUAAAGGCGGCUUUCAUACGUGUAUGCUGUCGAAUGGCAACUUGAGUCUCCUCUCCGAUCUACGUGCGUACAGUCAGAUCCCCUUUACGCACAUAUUCUCCGCCGAGAUGUUUGGCACGUACAAACCCAAUCCGAAAGUAUACUUAGGCGCGGCGGAGAAACUAGGUUUGCAGCCUGGGGAAUGCGCAAUGGUGGCUUCUCAUCUGAAUGACCUUAAAGCUGCGAAAGGGUGUGGAUUGCGGACUGUUUAUACGGAGAGAGCGGGAGAGGAGGACUGGAGUGAGGACAAGGUCAAAGAGGAGAGGGAGGCGGGGUGGGUUGAUGUGUGGAUUGAUAUGAAAGACGGAAGCAAAGGGUUCGUUACUGUAGCGGAGAAGUUGGGUGUUGAGCUGGAUACGGAUGGGACUACAGAGGCCAAGAGAGUGGUGUCGCUUCCUACGCAAAUGAAUUGAGAUGGAUGUUCUCACGUAGGCUGAAGGGACAGGCGCUACGAAGGACUUGGGACACGAUGCAGCAUACGGAAAGUGUUUCAUUAUCACGUUCAUAUUACUGCCAUGAAAUGUGGGUGCCCAAGUCACAUUAUUGGUGACGAUGCCAGCAUACCUGCGUCGUUGUAUUCGUCCAGCCACAUGUUAAUCAACGGGGGAUACUCAUGCGAGAUAACAUCGUUAGCACACAGCCGAUGAUACAAUCCUUCUUCAGAAGACUAGCAAACCCCACAUCAACACGGAUGUAGCAACAGAAGAAAGUG